CCUGGCGUUCUGGGAAGUGUAGUCAGAGCGCGGUUCUCCUGUGAUUGGCAGACGGCGCUCCGGAGCGGAGAGCGGACUCGUAUUCCCAGGAAGCCGCGCGGAGCGGCCUGGAGCCCGGGGGCUAAGUGUGUGUGGCGGACGCGGGGAGCGAGCCGCCGAGCCCGGCACCAUUCAGCGUCUGUACGCCUCGCUCCUCAGCAUGAGCAGCGCCAACCGGGCCCGGACCGAGGCCUUCGGGGACCAGGGCCAGGCUGGAGCUGCCAAGGGGCCCGUGUCCGCGGGGGCUGCGGGCGGAGGGCCCUCCCUCCCCGGGGGAUUCAGCGCCAUCAAGCUGGGAAGAGACAAUGGAAAAGUGACAACUGUAGUGGCCACCCCUGGUCAGGGGCCUGACCGCCCUCAAGAAGUCUCCUACACAGAUAUCAAAGUCAUUGGAAAUGGCUCGUUCGGGGUUGUGUACCAGGCACGGCUUGUGGAUUGCGGAGAGAUGGUGGCCAUCAAAAAAGUAUUACAAGACAAGCGAUUCAAGAACAGAGAGCUGCAGAUCAUGCGCAGGUUGGAUCACUGCAACAUUGUGCGCCUCCGAUAUUUCUUCUAUUCCAGUGGAGAAAAGAAGGAUGAAGUAUACUUGAACUUAGUCAUGGAUUUUGUCCCAGAGAAUGUUUAUCGUGUGGCUCGACACUUUGCAAAAGCUAAAUCCACGCUGCCAUCCAUCUAUGUGAAGGUAUACAUGUAUCAGCUAUUCCGCAGCUUGGCUUAUAUCCACUCCCAGGGUGUCUGCCACAGGGACAUCAAACCACAGAAUCUCCUGGUAGACCCAGACACAGCUGUACUGAAGCUGUGUGACUUUGGGAGUGCGAAGCAACUAGUCCGAGGGGAACCAAACGUGUCCUAUAUCUGUUCCCGUUAUUACCGUGCCCCAGAGCUCAUCUUUGGAGCCACAGACUACACUGCGAACAUUGACAUCUGGUCGGCAGGAUGUGUCCUUGCAGAGCUUCUCUUGGGACAGCCUAUUUUCCCUGGGGAUAGUGGAGUGGACCAGCUGGUGGAGAUUAUAAAGGUUUUAGGAACCCCAACAAGGGAACAAAUCCGAGAAAUGAACCCAAAUUACACAGAAUUCAAAUUCCCACAGAUUAAAGCACACCCAUGGAUAAAGGUCUUUAAACCUCGUACCGCCCCUGAAGCUGUCACAUUGUGCAGUCGGCUAUUGGAAUACACACCCGACACGCGUCUUUCCCCGUUACAGGCUUGUGCACACGCCUUCUUUGAUGAACUGCGUGACCCCAACACACGUCUCCCUAGUGGGAGGGAAUUGCCUCCUAUUUUCAACUUCAGCUCUGUCGAGCUUUCCAUUCAGCCUUCACUGAACUCCAUCCUAAUACCCCCACAUCUGCAGCAGUCCCACUUGCACGGUGAUGGAAGGCCUGGAUCAGACCGACUGGAACCUGGUGAUGUGGCAGAGCUCAGUACCUCCUGAGGAGUGCCUCCCUCACACCCCCUAUUCUACCCUUUUCCACAUCUGCCCCACUCUACUCUCCAGCUCCUAGCAAACCUCUCUCUCCCCUCUGACACCUCAAUACUUGAGGGAGAUGGGAUCAUUUGAAGUGGACAGUGGGGCUUUUUCCAUUCAGAGCCUGUUGCACCCCCAUUACUGACUUUUGAUGACCUUUAGAAAUGUCAUACAUGUCGCAGUGAUGAAUGAGAGCCACCUUCCACCAGUUUGAGACCAUGACUCCCUCUCACUUGGCCGAAGUACCCAUUCUGUGUAAAGGAAGGAGCUGUUCUGACCAACUCGCCGAUACGGGGCUUAAAAUAGGAACCAGAAUAUUUUACCAGCUCUGGUGUUUGAGAGGUGGAGACUGACCCACAACCCCUCAAAUGCUUAAUUUGUCCUUGGCUUCAAACGGACCUCGCACAUGUUGUACAGGUGUCUGGAAUUUAUAUAUAUAUAUAUAUAUUUUUUUUUUUC